AUGAAUCUCACGUAUAUACUCAGUAAGAAUGUCGUCAGCGUGGACCCCAGUUCGCUGGUAACACCGGAUCGCAACUAUGGUCUACUUGGAAUGGUAAUAGUGUCAACGAUACUUGUAGCCAUUAUGGCCGUGGCUUUGUUUAUGAAUUCGCUGAUAAUCGUCGCGUUUUGUACAUCCAGACACGUCCGUAAAAUGAACAAUUACUUCUUCUUCAGCCUUGCACUCACCGAUAUCCUGAUAGCUGUGCUGGUUAUGCCAUUGAUGGCCACGGAACAGCUGCUGGGCACGUGGAAGUUCGGUAAAGAACUAUGUUUAAUUUGGUUAUGUGCUGAUUAUUUUCUGUCAUCGGCAGCAGUUUUCAAUAUGACUGUCAUUUGUAUUGACAGAUAUCUGAGUAUCGUUCACCCGUUGUCUUACCCGCCUAGCAGGACACCGAAACGGAUUAUUGCCAUGAUUGUAGCGGCGUGGGUUCUAGGAUUGUUCGCCGAGUUACCGGCCACGCUUUUAUGGGAACCGAUCGGACAAAAGAGCGUGAUCAACUACACGCAUACAUGUGACGUUGAAUGGGUUGACAAUGUCUAUUAUAGCAUUCUCAGCACGGUCCUGACGAUUUUCGUGCCGUUUGUCGUCAUGGCUGUGCUAUACUCUCGCAUGUAUUGCGCCGUACGACGGAGUUUACGCUGGGUUAUGAAACACUCCGUCUCUGGGUUCGAAAGCAGCGAGUCGGUAAACCAGCACAGUCAAAUUCACCACAGUGACGGUGGCAUGCCAUCCGAAUGUGACGCCUCGUUGCAUAGCCACCAUAACACAAGUAGUUGGUCCCUUGCGAGAGUACUGCUACAGAAACCCGACAGUCACUCCGGUCGGUUGAACCGUACAAAAAGACGAGGUAAAAAACGAAAUCGCGUUUUAAGAAACAAGAAAACUGCCAAGACUCUAGGAAUUUUAUUGGGUUUUUUCGCGUUCUCGUGGCUCCCCUGGCAGAUAUUGAGUAUAGUUGACGCGGUUUGUGGGUAUUACUGUGUUCCUGUUUUUUGGUACGACAUCUGCCUCUGGCUACAAUAUUCGAACUCCAUGGUUAACCCGUUUCUGUACAUAUUUAGAGACGACAGCUUUCGCAUUGCUGUGUACGGUAUUUUGACAAAAUGCUCUUUCACGACUGCCAGGUAA